AAAAGAUAUGGAAUGAAUGAUAGUGGUAGUUACAAGAAGCAAGCCGAACAAGCAUAUGACAGAGCCCUUGCAAGAGGGCAGAUGACUGUCUCGGACUACUACGACCAAAUGCAGUCUGUAAAAAUCUCAAUGACUUGUGGGAUUGAUGAUGGAAGAGCAAGAACAAGAGGUCUUAUAACAAAGCUUUAUCAGUACUAUAGCAAAGGAGUUGCUGGGGUACCAGUUGUCCGUUUGUGUUCCGAGACCAGUCAUUACGGCUCUUCCCCUGGUGACAGAGGCUGGGGUUGUGGCUACAAGAACAUCCAGAUGUUGUUGGCUGCCAUGUGUAACGAUCCGAAAUUCAAGAAUUCUGUGUUUAAUGGCUCUACCAAUAUGCCUUCUAUAUCUAAAAUUCAACAGCUGAUUGAGAAAGCCUGGGAGGAAGGCUAUGAUGAACAGGGCAGAGAACAGCUUGGUGGCAAGAUCUACAACACAAGGAAAUGGAUAGGUGCUACAGAGGUUAUGGCCUUUUUCACAUCUCUUAAAGUCAG